UUCCCCUUUCCCCUCAGUUCCUCCUGCCCAAACCCUCUUAGCAUCUAUACAAACUGGUAAACUCAAGUGAAUAAAGUUUCAGAAAGGAAGCUGCGCAGUUCUGUCAGAGCGUCUGAUCGCCACCUCCCAGCCCCGAAGCCCCUGUCCAAGAUGAUUCCAGCCGUGGUCUUGCUCCUGCUCCUUUUGGUCGAACAAGCAGCUGCCCUGGGAGAGCCCCAGCUCUGCUACAUCCUGGAUGCCAUCCUGUUUCUGUAUGGUAUUGUCCUCACCCUGCUCUACUGCCGACUCAAGAUCCAGGUCCGAAAGGCAGCUAUAGCCAGCCCUGAGAAAUCAGAUCCUGUUUACACGGGCCUGAGCACCCGGAACCAAGAGAUGUACGAAACUUUGAAGCACGAGAAACCACCCCAAUAGCUUUAGAACACACGGCCUUGGUUGCAUUCUGUUUCUAGUUCUCUCCUGGCCCUCAUGGUCCUUGUCACUAUGCUACCUCCUUGAUUUUGAUGCUGGCUCACCUAACUCCCAUAAUGACACUGGACUCUAAACUAAUGCACACUGGCAGUUCCUCGUCCCCGUGAAAGACUUACUCGCACAUGUUUGUUUUCCUACAUGUCCCUCCCUGUGCUUCCUUCCUCUUGCCUUCCCUGACCCCCAGCUCGGGCUAAAUGCUGGAAAGGGAUUACCUUCUAAUAAAGCUGCCAUAGAUCUGA